AUGGUCUUCAAUAACAAAGUAGUAAUUAUAACCGGAGCCAGUUCAGGCAUCGGCGCCGCGUGUGCUGUACUUUUCGCGAAAGCGUCAGCGAAACUCGUCCUUGUUGGAAGAAAUUUCGACAACCUCACGAAAACGGCAAACAUGUGCAAAAAAUUCGGACUCCACCCCUUUGUGCUCGUUGCUGACGUAAAUAUUGAAGAUGAUUUAAAGAAGAUUGUUGAUGAAACUGUGCAGCAUUUUGGAAGAAUUGAUGUACUUGUGAACAAUGCUGGGUUCACAAUACUUAAAGAAAUAAAAGACGGUGUAGACGCUUUCGACAGCGUUAUGCGAACAAAUCUCAGGGCUCCAUACCUGCUGACGUCCCUAGCGUUGCCUUACUUGAUCAAAACUAAAGGAAACGUGGUGAAUAUAUCUAGCAUCCUCGCAUAUAGACCAUUAGCAACCAUGACUGCUUACUGCAUGUCGAAAGCUGCAUUGGAUAUGUUCACGAAGUGUGCUGCAAUAGAAUUCGGACCACAUGGUGUUCGAGUGAAUUCUGUGAAUCCAGGACCAGUGAAGACCCAGAUGUUCAAAUUUGCUGGUCUCAACGAGGAAACUGUUGAAAUGUUUUUCUCGAAUAUGGAGCAGUCUGCCCCUUUACAAAAGGUUGCAUACGGUGAAGAUGUAGCGGAGGUCGUGCUGUUCCUAGCUAGUGAUAAAGCGUCUUGUGUUACUGGAAGCUGUUAUCAAAUCGAUUGUGGACUAAGCAUCAAACAGACCUAA